AUGGCGACGCGCCCACGCCGCCACAGCGUCGUGACGCUCCGACUUACGGUUACGUCUGACGACGUCUUCGGCGACCACAACUCCCCAACGCUAACCCCACGCACCAGAGUGCUGCCUCGGGGCAGAAACUACUUCGCCAGAACCCCAACGUCACCUCUACCUAGAACACCAACAUCCCCUCAACCCCGAUCCCCAUCAUCACCUCAUCGCAGAUGUCCAGGUUCGCCCCUACUAAAUCGUGCAUCAACUUCCCCUCUCCCUCCUUCCACUAAUCGGGGUACAGGAGCCUUACCGAUGUCUCCCAGAGGGGCAUCUCCUUCCCCUAAUUCUCUCAGGGGCACGUCUCAGUGUCCGGUCUCCCCUAGGGGUACAUCCCCUUCACCCCUAUCUCCUCGAGAAUCAUCUUCACGGUUUCGAUACGACAAUGUCACGGGCGGUUCGAAGGGAGCCUCCAUAGAAGAAAGGGACGCGUCCCACGCAGGUUCGAGCACCAGCGGCCUCAUGAGGAGGUCUUCCCUCCUGACGGUGCCCCUCAUGGGGCACGACCCUCCGCCUGACCAGUUCCUGAGAGCCCCCAGGCAGAGGUCCUCUUCCUUGGCGGGCCCCCUCCACAGCCCGGACCUCAUCAG